AUGUCACCAGCCAAACCUUUAAACUACCGCCAAGCCCUCCUCUCCAGCAUUCAUCAACCACCUCAACCCAAAACUACAGCCUCAUCUCCCAAGCAAAGCAAGCUCCUCCUCCUCCCCACCGAGCUCCAAAACAACAUAAUUUCGCACCUCGACAUCCCCUCAACCCUCAUACUCCGGCUCACAAACCGCCAUUUCUACACGUUGAACUCGUGUCCCACCCAUACCACUCUCCUCCUCGCAGAACGCACACCAUGGGCCGUCACCCUCAACUUGUACAGCUGCAUGGAUUGCCUGCGUCUCAGGCCCCAAGCAAAAUUCGCUACUGCGAUGUUAAAUGGCCCAAAGGGGAGGAAUGGCAAAGAUCCACAGAAGCGGUUCUGCGUCGAGUGUGGACUCAAGGGGCCGCGGAGUCGGUACUCGCCUGGUGCCGAGAUCGUGGUUGAGGGGAAGAGACACGUGUUGUGUAAAGAGUGUAAGGUGUAUAGUGGAGAGGUAGGAUGUGUUGGGAGCGGGAUGUGUUGGGAGCGGGAUGUGUGCGAGUUGUCAUGGGAAGAAGGGGUGUGGGGAGAUGUGUAG